AUGCCUCGUAGAAUCAUCGCAAAUCCUUGGCAAAUUGACGAUUCAGAUAGCGAAGAUGAGAUUAAUAAUCAAUAUGAUGUUCGUAUGUCGUUACCAUCAAAACCAUCAACACCAAUGGCUUUAGCACGACGAAGUGAACCAAGAAUUCUCGAUUGGCAUCCAGUAGAAAAUGAAGAAAAACCGAAAGGGAAAUUCGGUGCAAGAAAAACAGCUCCAUCAUUUGAAAAAGCACCAUCAUUUCAUAAACCACCCUUCUCUGGACCAUUAUAUUUACGAUCUGGGUUAUCAUCAUCUCAUUCAAUCUUGCGACAAAAAGAACAAACGAAAAUACCAUUUCCGCUGAUUGCACGAACAAGUUUUGAUCCAAUGUUAUGUAUUGAAGAAGAUCUAAAUAAAUUUAUUUAUACAUAUAUUCCACAGGAUUAUUCACCAUUUAUUCAUUGUUAUCUUCGACGUGAUAAAAGCAGUAUACAAAAAGGAUUUUUUCCAACAUUUUAUUUACAUAUUGAAUGUUCUCAUGAUGAUAAAAAAAUUUUGCUUUUAUCUGCACGAAAAGUAGCCAAAGUAAAUCAACAAGCCGAAUAUAUAAUUACAACUAAAAUUGAAACUUUACAUGAAAAAUCAGGUGGUGAUGGAUUUGUUGGAAGGCUACAAGAAACUAAUAUGAAAGGCACGGAAUAUACACUCUAUGAUAAUGGUAUAAGUCCAAAGAAAUAUAAAAAAUUACAUUCAAAUGAUAAAAAUGGUUUACGACGUGAAUUAAUAUCCAUAAUUUAUAAUACAAAUGUUCUUGGUUUCAAAGGUCCACGACAAAUCAAUGCUGUUAUACCUCAAAUCGGCUAUAACAUUCAACCAACAAAAGAUGAGGACACAAUUCUUGAUCAAUGGCGAGAUAGACGAUUUACUUAUUUAACUCAAUUACGAAAUCGAUUACCAAAACGAAUUGAUGGAAAAAAAGGCCAUGCACUAGAAUUUAUUGGUCAAUAUGAGAUACAAACAUCAGUUAAAAAUUUUCAAAUGGUUAUAGACAAUGAAAAUCUUGAAGAAGAAGUUAUUAUGCAAUUUGGUCGUGUUACAGAUGAUACAUUUAUAUUAGAUUAUCGUUAUCCACUUUCAGCUAUUCAAGCUUUUAGUAUUGCACUUAGUGCAUUCGAUAGUCGUUUUGCUCGCGAAUGA